GGCGGGGUGGGUUUCAAACGUUAUCUCAAAUAACCUAAUGUAGUUUUCAGAAGAUCGCAGUACAUAUUGUACUAUAUGCAAAACAGAUUUUGGGUACACUCGUGAGUAAUGUCGGAUCAAUAUCGGGGCAUUUUUAGAAGACCUACUGCCAACGCUGCCAGCGCCGCCUCCCCCCUCCCCAGGAAUCCUACUCCCACAAUGUAAUUGACAGGAGGCCGUUCCAAUAGGCUCUUUUCCUUUCGGAUCUCAUCGUAUCCUGCCGUGGGGUUUCUGAAUACGAGGAAAAACUUGGACAAACAAAUACUAUGGACGGAGAUAAUAAGAAAAUGCUUCUUUAACCGGGAGGUAUUCGACCCAGAUUGUGUACGAUGCCCGGCAAAACAUCAUGUCCCGGAGGUCUGAUAGUCAUUGGCAUCAUCUCUCUGUGUGCCGUCCAUGUCAGUUCUGAGAUAUGGAGCAAUGAAGUUUCAGACAUCGAGUACGGGAAGCUGGGGUCCAAUGUCACGCUGGUGUGUAAACCCUCCUGGACCGGGUCCCCGGUGGCGUGGCGGUUGAACGGAAGCGCGACGUUACCACGGCAGGCGGUGUCGUCCAACGGCUCGCUCACCCUCGUCAACACCGACCUCUCCAUGGAAGGCAACUACAGCUGCCUGGACCAAGGGGGAGACCUGCUCUGGGCCACCAAGCUGAGACUGGGCCAUAUGCCCGGGCUGGUCAGCGUCUCGUGCAAGAUGUCCAACCACCACAGCGUUCGGUGUUUCUGGAAGCAGCCGGCGAAGUCCCACCUGCCCACCAAAUACAUCGCCUCCUAUAGCGACCGGGUGAGCAGGGUGGAGCCCUGCCACCAGGACUCCGUCCGGCCGAACGAGUGCACCAUCCAGCAACCCACCCUGUGGCAUCACUACCACAUGGUCAACAUCACCGAGGUCAACCCCCUGGGCGCGGAGACCACGCUGGUCCGUUUGCAGCUGGAAGCCCUGCUGAAACCUGACCCCCCUGAGGCGGUGACCCCCGAGCCAGUGGAGGGCCAGCCCAGCAGGCUGCGGGUCAGCUGGACAUACCCUUCCUCCUGGCCCAGGGGAGAGGCCUACACCCUCCUCUUCCAGCUGCGCUACCGUCCCCGAGGCUCCGUCAACUGGUCAUUGCUGAACACCACCAAAACCACCCUGCUGAUCACAGACGCCCUGGUGGGCCACGCCCACGUCGCCCAGGUCCAGGCCAUGGACGAGCUGAAGUACGGCCGUUGGAGCGACUGGAGCGCGGAGGCGGAGGCCAUGCCUUGGACCGAACCAGAGAGUUCCACCCUGUCACCAACUAUCUGGAUUGGGUUAUUCACCGAUGGAGGAGGAACAGUCAUUCCCACUGGUGCUGAAGUGAAGACAGAUGAAAACGAGGACGAGUACACGAGUCUGGGAGUGCUGAUCUCCCUCGGCCUGUUUGCAGGGCUCAUCCUGUCCACGCUUUCCGCUUUAGUCGUCUUUCUAGGGGUUCGGCAAAGGAGGCGGGAUGAGAUGAUUAAACAAGAAUUGACCUCAAUGGUGAAAAUGAAGUCCUUGCCAAUAUAAGAUGGCCCGGAUUGGCGCACUCCAAUGUAAGCACCCCCCCCCCCCCCAUCUCCCUUUGGGUGUCCUGAAAGGGGAGCGCUACCACUGCCAGCAAUCGGGGCAGAAAUUACCCACAGUCCACCAGGUUCCUGCGCCGCGCGGCUGCUAUUCGAGGGUCCACCCCUUCCAGUGGAUUUUUGAUUUUUGAUUUUUUUGGGCGAACUGUGAACUUGUACAGCCUCUUUAGCGCAAGCAACGGAUAAGAAAUCGGAUCUCUUUCGUGGAUUCGCUUCACAGACCGACCUGAACCGAGAGAGAAAAAAAAAAUAACAGAACAUUGCUCUUGGUUCUUGCUUAGUUUUUGUAUUUUUUAUUUUUGAAAAAAAAUCUGAAUACACAUUUAUAGAAAAUGGUCCGCUCAACAUUUCACUGAGUGACUCUUUACAGGACCGCUGUGAAAGGAUGACGUUCGUCACUAUUUGUCAAAAGAGAGCAGUGUUUUGGGCAUUACGGACACACGUUUAUUUUUAUAUUGGAGUUUAGAGAAAUGGGAAUCGAGCGAAGGCUUGCCGACAGGCUGCUGCUAUCUGUCCUGGGGCGAGAAGGAAGCGAGAGGUUACUGUAACGAUGGCGGACACGCGAGCAGGAAUAAGGCCUCGUUUUUACCGUGCCACAGGAGAACCCCGAGCCCCGCCCGGACGCGUUCUGCGUGAAGUCGGACGGUCCGAAGGUCGGGUUGGGGGGAAAUCUCUUUUCUUUACCUCCUCCUAGUGCCCCUCCCGUCCUAACUCGCGGAGGGCUCGGUUUAGACGCACGGAAGGUCGUUGUCGUCGUCGUCUUCACGCCCCAACGGACUUUGGCGGGACCGGUGAGAAAAACGUCACCGCGGGUCCCUGUUAGUUUUGAAUUCCGAAAAAAAAACUAGGAACUUGCGUCGGGUUCAUCGGCUGAUUUACGUUCACUCAACGAUUCCGACUUUUAACAAAGGGCCUGAUGAGAAGAGUGUGAUUUUAUUUCAAAACCAUCGCUUGGAUGGAUGACUCACAAGGGUCACAUCACAUGACCAGAAGAUGUCAAAGUAAGUCUUUUCCCAAAGGGCUUGUCACCACAUGACCAUUGGAAUUUCUGCAAGAGGACACAAUUCGAAUUGAGAAAAGAGAAGGUCCGACAGAGCUGCCAUUAUCUUAAUGUUUGUGUCAAUGCGAAAAUAAUUAUUUCACCCAAAUAUUCAGGGUGCAGUUUGCACCACCUGCUUUCAUUUCUCUCUGAAUCAGUGUCAGAAAUUAUUGUCUGCAACCAUUUGUUUAAAAGAUAUGUUGUGAGAAUCUAUGUGUAAGCAGUGAAACCCAACAGCCAACUAGACUGUAAUGGCUGCCACAGCGUCAGCUGUUCGCUGUUCCUCUCAGGCUGUUACCCGGUCCGUUAAAAUGUCUGCGCAAGUCUCUUAAAUUAAGAGGGUGCUUUUCUUAGAACUCCAGAGAGUAUAAAAUCACGAUAGAUCAUUCAAGUUUGGGCAUAUUCGCUAUUUGAAAUCGAAGACGCAUAGAAUACAGAUUUUGACAUCAUUAUUAUAUGUUCCUCUAAACUGUGAGGUGCUGUAACGUUAAAAGAUAAAAAUAUUGCAUUGUAUCCGAACCAAUCUACCAUGUUUCCUCAGCCAGAGCUCUCCAUCCAGACAUAGGUAUGAUAAUCACUUUAAACUUUGCUAUGUAUAUUAUAUUAACCUACAAGUGAAAAGGUAUUUUAGUUUGUAUGAACAUAUAUCUGUAUAUAUAUAUAUUUUUAUUUUUUUUCCCGUUGGUGUAAAAUGACUGAUCUCUCGAAUGGAUGACCCCACAUAACCUCUGUGACACGUACACAUGCAGUGAUGUUAAGCUUACAACAAUCUCUGCCCCAGUCAUGUAGCAUAAGCGCUUUUUUUUUAUUUAUUUUUUUAUUUUUUAUUUUUUAUUAGAAAAGCGUAAAACAAGCUAAAUGAGGCUUUAGGAAUUUAUAUGUGAGUUAAUUAGAGAAUGGAAGACUGAAAUGUUUUCUUGCUGUUGACUUAUGGACCAUGCAAUGUUUCCAUUAGUACUUUUUUUUUUUUUCAAGAUGUCUGUCUUUCGCCCACCUAGAAGAUCUUCAGACUAACCGCAUGUGACUGACACCCAGAAUCCUCGAGUAAACGACUUGCUUAAAACGUCCAGAUAGGAACAUAAUGGAUAAACGUGAAAAAUAUUUCUGUAAUCGGAACAUAAAAUCAUAAAUUGUGCACAAAACCUAAUUAGGAUGCGUUUCUGAUUUAAAGAAAGUACUGAAUUAAAACCUCAUGUAUCAGCAGAGAGAUCAUUUUAAGACCAACAUUUUUUUGGAGAGAGUUGCCCUGGAAAUACUGUUCAGGACCGAUGCCAUGGAUAGCCAUGAGGAAACUGUGCUCCUGGUUCAUGAAUGCACAACACAUUCACUCGGUUAGAGAUUUAUUUUUGCCCAGCAUGCACAGUUUAAUAUAUGGGCCUGCGGUUUUUCAGGAUUGUAAGUUUGUAAGGACCAGUUAAAAGCACUUGGGAACAUAAUGUAGUUGCUGGUGGAUGUGUUCGGGUGUAGUUUUAUAACGAGGUCUUGUAAGCACGAGAGAAGAGAAGAACUGAAGAGGGACGAACGUGCUUGCAAUCAGUUAUUUAGUUUUUUUUAUGGUGCACGGGGUGCUUUUGCAGUAAACGCGUUUUUUGCAGCGCUACAAAUACUGUACAAUCAAACACAUUUAGGAUGAAUGUUAAAUGCUUUCUGCUCCUAAUAAUUUAAGGAGCCCAGUGGUUUCUUUGAUGGUGUCAUACAUACAUACCUACAUGUUUGAUAAAGCUGCAGUUCUGAACAUUUGUCCUUAGUUAAAGCAUUUGCUUGUAGAGGUAUGAACCAGCAUUGAAGCUUGCAGCCGGAAUCCACAGCAUCACCCCAGCAUGUCUCACAUUGUGUACGCUUGCUGUUGUUUUAUUGCCCGUUUUUAUUGCCCGGAUUACAGUUUGAGAUUAUAAAUCCCAUUCACACACUCUAAAUGUUGAGAAGUGCUCAGGUUCUUGAGCCUCCAGGAUUUUGACAUACAUUCUGUUUGGAUCAGAGUUUGAGAUUAUAAAUCCCGUUCACAUAAUGUUGGAAAGUUCUCGAGUUCUUGAGUGUCCAGGAUUUUGACAUAGGUUCUGUUUGAAUAGCAGAGUUUGAGAUUGUAAAUCCCAUUUACAUUAUUUUGGAUUGUGCUCGAGUUGGUGAGACUCCUGUUUUCUGACAUUCUUUUUACUUCAGAACGGUAAAAGUUGAGUUUAUUCACUGACAUUUCUUGUAGUUUUUGCUGCCACUAUUUUAGUGUCAUUUUUUAAAUCUGGUCUUCUCUUUUUGGCGGUUUGGAACAAACUGGUAGAAUUCUCUCAUCAAUUUUCAAGUGAAAGUUUUUGAAACCCAACAAAUGCACAGAUGUUCCAUGAAUUUUCUAUCAGAAAGUAUUUGUAUGGACAUUUGCAUAUUCUAUCAGAUAGUGCUCAAUACAAUAAAAUAUAUGAAUUCUUGUGUAUACUGUAACAGUGUGAAUGCACACAUUAGGAAGGCAUGAAUCUGCAACAGUUUUUUCUCAAGAAUUUACUCAAGAAUGAUAUCAAAUGUCAGUUUGAGUUAUAUAUAGGCUGCCAAGCCAUUAACGGGUGCAUAUCAAUUACCAGAAAAUGUCUUGCUAUGUGGACUUGAAAUGUAAACAUUCAAGUUUACACUAUUUGUCUUGGCUGUCUGUAUGUUUUUUUAAAUUUUUUUAUCCAAGGGUAAUGUUUUAGAAAAGGAGACUUAUUUUGCUUGUAUAUCAUUCAAAUUUAGGUUCAGAACAUUUUUUUAUACAAACAGUAGUGUUUUAAGGCUGACAUAUAUUACAUGCGAGUACAUUAAAGUACAUGGGAAUGCUAAUAGAACUUGGGUAAGUUGCACGAAAGGUUUUUUUGUUGUUGUCGGAAAGGACACACGGAUAAUGUGUGAAGGUUUUAACAGGCUUAAGUUUGAACAGGUUUGAAGAUGGUUUUCUGUUGGCAGCUACACCUGCUGUGCUGUAGAUUUCAGCAGAGAAAAAACUGCGCUUAAUUUGUCGGAACUAGCUACAGGGGAGUUGCGGAUAGUUCAUGAACCACCUGCCAAUAAUUGCGGAUUUAAUUUUAUGAUCGUUGUUUUAAGGCAUAAUUUUUUGCUCAACUUUGUGCUUAACUUUCAUUUAACUUUCAUUCAACUUUCCCAUUGAAUUAGUGUUGGACUCGGACACGGUAAGCAUCAUUUACGGCACAAGGCAUGCGUCUCAACGACCUGUUAUAUAAUUUCCAGAAAUAGACGGCGCUUGCGGUUUAAAAGCCGUCUUGUUGAAGCCGAGCAGGCGUGGUCCUGUCGACGGUGGUGCAGCGGAGAGCGUAGUUUCGUGAGAACGGUCUACGGUGCCGUCCCGUAUAGCAGGGAGGACGACCGUGGCGAUGACGGCCAGGGAUUGGUGGGAAAACGCCGGCCUGGUCGGUCCACAUAGCGCAGAGAGGAAUUCCAAAACAAACAAGAUCUUCUUUCCUUUUCUACCGCUUGUUUCUUUGUGAUGUGUCAAGUGCUCUGUAGUAGGUGACUCAACGAAACCACAAUGGUUGGAUUGCGUACGCUCUCUUGUUUGUACAGGACCAGACUCAGCAAGGCAUGGUUGCUGUGGUUAUUUUGGGUGGCCAUUUCGUUUCUGUUGAACUGAUUUCAAAGCCAAAGGCUGCAGGAAAAAAAAAUACAUUCAGGUUAUCCUUCAGAUGCUCCACGUACAGACAGAUAAUACAAGUGAAAUAUGCAGGCUAGUUUAAUUAAACUUUCAAUCAGAUUGAGAAUUGACCUUUCUUAUUGAAUGAUAGACACUCCAACACAAACACUAAAAGUAAAAAAUUUAAGAAAACAAAAGUGUGUUGCUCUGUAUGGUUUGUUGAACUGGGUCAAGAGUGGAAUUUUUGUCAACAGUGUAUAUAUGAAACAUUGUUUUAGACUUAUACAUAAAAUUCAUUUCAAAAUGAAUCAUUUUUGUAGGGCUACUUUAAAAUUGUAUCCAUACUUUAGUAUUGAUUAGGAAAAGUCCCAAGUUGCCUUGUCUUUUAUUGAAAAUUGAGGAAAUUGUAUAUUGUUGGUCAGAAGCUACCCAGCUACCACAAAACGCUCUCACAGUGUUGUUGCCAUGUACUGUAGUGGCAAUGCUACAACAUUGACAGAACAUUCCAGUAACAUUGUGAGAAUAUAUUUUGUGUCAGCUAGCUACAUGAUGGCUGCUCAUUGGCUCCAUGAAUGGUACACGCCCAAGGGUGAGUAGCACUUGGGUGUUUACCUUUGACACAACACUUUUUAUUUUUGUAAAUGGAGCAGAAAAUGAGCCCAUUUUAAGUGACAAUAAGUAUGCUUACUAUAUGACUAUAUGUGUACGACUAUAUAAGGAAUAAGCUGUUUUGUAACUAUCCGUGUUUGUAUUUGUACUUAUGUGAAAUAAAUGCUAUUUUAUCA